AUGACUGUUUGCCGAAUCACAUCAUCCGGAUCACUGGAAACCGUAAGCAUAGAAUUUCUAAACUAUGCUGCAUAUGUGCUGAUGUUAGAUGUGGUGGUGACGUCGGCGCCGGCCAACGAGGCGGAGCUGCAGCUGUUCCGCGUGAUGCAGCGCGCGUCGCUGCUCGCCUACUACGACACGCUGCUGGAGAUGGGCGGCGACGACGUGCAGCAGCUGUGCGACGCAGGCGAGGAGGAGUUCCUGGAGAUCAUGGCGCUGGUGGGCAUGGCCUCCAAGCCGCUGCACGUGCGCCGCCUGCAGAAGGCGCUGCAGGAGUGGGUCAGCAACCCAGCGCAGUUCCAGACGCCGCUGGUGCCUACGGCGGCGGGCGCGGCGCCGCCGCUGCCCUUUCCGGUGGUGUCUCCGCCGCUGCAGCUGGUGCCGCACCACCCGCCCCCGGCCACCCGCCCCCGCCGGCGCCCGCGCUCACGCACUCGCCGCGGCACCCGCCCGCGCUGCACCCGCCGCCCCCCGGCGGGCCCCGCGCUGCUCCUGCCAACGCUGGGCCCCGCGGCGCGCAGCCCGCCCGGCGGCGCCGCCCCCGCGCCCGCCCCUGCCACGCUCAACAACCACGGCAGCCCCGGCGGACCACCCCUGCCACAC